UACACAUGCCUAUGUAAGUAGUUCAUAUCUUUUUUGUACAUGCAUAUUCGCAAUUUAUUUGGGUUUCAAGAGGCUAAUCUGAGCAAGACCAAGAGCAAUUACAAUGAUUUCAAGUUGUAAUUUGUUUCAAUCUUUACGAAUCGCUUGUGCUUUUUCCAAGUUAGGGACUUACUGCAGUUUUACAUCUCAAUCUGCGUCUUCUCUGCAGCAAGUGUUCGAACAAUCUGCUUACAGUGUUGAUGAGUGCGUUGAUAUGGAUUGGGAUAAUCUCGGAUUCGGUCUUGUGCCAACUGACUACAUGUACUCCAUGAAAUGUUCUGAUUACCGCAAUUUUGAACAAGGACAGCUUAGUCGCUAUGGAAAGAUUGAGCUGAGCCCUUCAGCAGGAGUCUUAAAUUAUGGGCAGGGACUGUUUGAAGGUUUGAAAGCAUACAGAAAGGAAGAUGGACAACUUAUGCUCUUUCGUCCGGAUCAAAAUGCCAUUCGCAUGGACAUUGGUGCUAAAAGAAUGUGCAUGCCUAGUCCCUCCAUCUAUCAAUUCAUUGAUGCAGUGAAACAAACUGCUCUUGCCAAUAAGCGUUGGGUUCCACCUCCUGGAAAAGGGUCUUUAUACAUUAGGCCUUUGCUCAUGGGAAGUGGUGCUAUAUUGGGUUUGGCUCCGGCACCUGAAUACACAUUUCUUGUAUUUGCUUCUCCUGUGGGCAAUUAUUACAAGGAGGGUGUGGCUCCUUUGAACUUGUAUGUGGAGGAUGAAUUUCAUCGCGCCACACUUGGUGGAGCUGGAGGUGUCAAAACCAUAUCUAAUUACGCCCCAGCUCUGAAAGCACUAAGCAGAGCAAAAAACAGAGGAUUUUCUGACGUUUUGUACCUUGACUCGGUGAAAAAGAAAAAUUUGGAGGAAGUCUCGUCCUGUAAUAUUUUCGUUGUGAAGGGCAACGUUAUAUCAACUCCUGCUACAACUGGGACUAUUCUUGAAGGGAUUACCCGCAAAAGCAUCAUUGAGAUUGCCCAAGAUUACGGUUUCCAGGUUGAGGAGCGAGCAAUUCCAGUUGAUGAGUUACUAGAUGCGGAUGAAGUAUUCUGCACAGGAACUGCUGUGGUUGUUGCUCCUGUAGGCAGCAUUACCUACCGGGGCAAAAGAACUGAAUAUAACACAGGUGCUAGGUCUGUGUGGGAGGAACUUCAGUCAACUCUUGUUGGAAUUCAGAUGGGCAUAAUUGAGGAUAAGAAGGGAUGGACUGUAGAGAUUCAUUAAGACCAACACUUGUAUCAUCUCCUUUUGUAUCUGUAAAAACAUUCUCCCAUUUGCCCUGUAAAUAAAAUAUGUGUAGUGUUGAAAUAA